CCAGACUCCCUGGGCCUCUGGGACUAGAGGUUACCUAAGGAGACUCAGGCAUUUGCUGGCCCUAAUGUCAGUCACGGCCAGCAUGGAGCCCGGCCCCUCCAAGGGGGUCACUGCACGGCCUGCCGGGGACCUUGGAGAGAUCCACAACUGGACUGAACUGCUCUACUUCUUCAACCACACUCUGCCCGAGUGCCGCAUUGAGCUCAGCGAGAACACCAAGCGUGUGGCCCUGUUCAUCCUCUACCUGGCCAUCUUCGUGGUGGGGCUGGUGGAGAACCUCCUGGUGAUCUGCGUGACCUGGCGCGGCGCGGGCCGGGCGGGGCUGCUGAGCCUCUACAUCCUCAACAUGGCCAUCGCGGACCUGGGCGUCGUCCUGUCUCUGCCCGUGUGGAUGCUGGAGGUCACGCUGGACUACACCUGGCUCUGGGGCAGCUUCUCCUGCCGCUUCACCCACUACUUCUACUUCGCCAACAUGUACAGCAGCAUCUUCUUCCUGGUGUGCCUCAGCAUCGACCGCUAUGUCACCCUCACCAGCGCCUCCCCCUCCUGGCAGCGCCACCAGCACAGGGUGCGGCGGGCAGUGUGCGCGGGUGUCUGGGUGCUCUCAGCUGUCAUCCCGCUGCCCGAGGUGGUCCACAUGCAGCUGGUGGAGAGCUCCGAGCCCAUGUGCCUCUUCAUGGCCCCUUUUGAAACCUACAACACGUGGGCCCUGUUGGUGACCCUGUCCACCACCGUCCUGGGCUUCCUGCUGCCCUUCCCUCUCAUCACGGCCUUCAACGUGCUGACAGCCUGCCGGCUUCGGCGGGCAGGGCGGCCUGAGAGCCGGCGCCACUGCCUGCUGGUGUGUGCCUAUAUAGCUGUCUUUGUCAUCUGCUGGCUGCCCUACCAUGUCACCCUGCUGCUGCUCUCACUGCACGAGACCCACAUCUCCCUCCACUGCUACCUGGCCCACCUGCUCUACUUCUUCUAUGACGUCAUCGACUGCUUCUCCAUGCUCCACUGCGUGGUCAACCCCAUCCUUUACAACUUUCUCAGCCCGAGCUUCCAGGGCCGGCUGCUGAGUGCUGUGGUCCAUUACCUUCCCAAGGUCCAAGCCGGGGCGGGGAGACGUGCCUCUUCUUCCUCCUCCACGCAGCAUUCCAUCAUCAUCACCAAGGAGGGCACCCAGCCCACUGCAGCAGGCCCCCAUCACCACCCCGGCCUGAACUUCCAGGCACCAAAUACCUCACCCAUCCCGGCUCCUCAAUCUCUUGUAGCCAGCUGAGGUAGAUUUUGGUGAAGUAGAACGCUGGAGGUGUAGAUCAUAGAAAAACAUCAAGGGACAUCCAUUCUGGGAGCAGACCUGGCAACAGUCAGUAGCAGGCACUGACAGAUGCUGUCCUUCCUCCUCGGUUCCCUGCAGAGGACAGGGAAGUGGGAAUUUUCCACUUCUGUCACAGGACAAGGUUCUGGUAUUCUUCUGUCAGUUCUCAUCCUUACACUUCUUUCUCCCUGACCUAGUCUUUUCAUAAUUUAUCUAUCCAGCAUCUUACUUCUAGUAACACUAUAUUGUUACUAUCUCUGGGAAACUAGGACCAUGUCCAUGAACAACUCUGACCUAAGUAAAAGCCUAAGAACAGGUUCAAGUCCAGCAGUUUCAAGUCCUUGGUCUCUCAAUCCUGCCUUUGGAGACUGAAGGGCCGCGGGGAGGUAACCACUGAGAGCCUCCGCCCUGCUCAGUGCUCAGUGUGUCUGGAAUGUUUAACUUGGAAUAAGUCACUGAACUGGAGCACUGUCUCCUCUGUUUUUAGAAAUUUGAAACUGCAUUCACCAGAUGCAUUAAACAUGUGCUCCAAAGGUGCCCGUUUGUGAGGAGCAUGGGGGCCAAUCUGCAUCUAUAAUCCCUCUGUUCACUGGGCCCAAACCUCAAAGAGUCUUAAGCUACAAACAACUGCUCAGUGGCACAAAGCUGAAAGCUUUUUCAACCAAGAGUCCAGGUUUAACCUGGGGCAGCAG